AUGACUACAUCGUACACAGCCGCUCUUCCUUUUGAUCGAGGACCGCGUCACCCUAUCAGACCGGUGCACCACUCAUAUGACCCAGUACACACAACAUCAGACUCCCCAAAGCACGAUCUCUUCGACUUUCUUGCAGGAGCCGCCAAAGAUGACCCUGCACUGCACCGGUCUUCUUUCUGCCUUAACCCCGAAGACCUGGGCGUAUCUUGGCAAACAUUCUUUCCCGCUUGUCGGCAAAGUCGACAGUGGCGAGCGGCAGAGGACGCUGCACAAGAGCUGACAGAUAGGCUCUUUCGCACGAGAGAUUCGUCCGGGGGUAGCUUCUGCAAGCACUGGAGAGGCUUGGCAGAGAUUCUGCAAUUGGUGGAGACUGCUGUUGGAUGUACCGUGUAUAUGUAUCCGAGAGCCGAUGUGAUCAGAACCCGACUCUUAGCUCAACUACAUGUCGUAAUGUAUAUCCAUGAUGAUGUACCGAGCAUCGCUCAAUGCCAUCAUGAAGAACUCCAGCAAGGUCGAAGCUCUCCUCCGACACCUACUCAAACAAGUUGCCGUCAGGGUACAAGUGCCAUAUGUCGCCUAUUAUCCCGUGUUCUGCAGGAUAUCCUUCAGGCGGACCCUAUUAUUGGAUUUGAAGUCGCAACGGGGACUUUAAAGUGGCAUCGAAUGUCCCGAGCCCACUGCUCUCAGGACGAGGACAGUUGCCGAUCCACGACCCUAUCAGAUUACCUUGAAGCGAGUGCUAGGGAUGCUACUACGGAUGUCAAUCUUUCCAUGAUCCGCUUCGCAGGAUCAAUCCACCUCACCUCUAGGCAAAGCCAAGAUCCUAUACUGAAGAAUAUAGUGAAUCUCUGGGCAAAACACCGAAUUAUGGUCAAGGAUCUCUUUUCAUAUGAGAAGGACUGUCUCGAGCACGCUGUUAACGACUCCGCAAUCUUCAACGCCGUACAGGUCUUACAAAGUGAGCUCAAUAUAUCUCCUGCAACGGCGAAAGAAGUUGCGCGUAACAUCCAGCUCGACACAGAACGAGAAAUGCACGGACUUUACAGAGAGAUCUUGGGUCGGACAGGCACUGAUAGCCCGGAGGCCCGAUACGUCCGGGCGCUUGUCGAAAGUCUGGCUGGAAAUGUGUUUUAUUCCUCCACUGCGGAGAGAAAUGCUAUGCCUUUACUAGGCAAGUCUGCUGAGGAAAAUGAGUCCUGA